UCUCGUUUGCCAGUUGAGAUCAUGAAGAUGUUCAGGAGAGCUCCCAAAGUAACAAACCUGCAGCAGCUUAAAAGCCACAAACAAGCUGUCUAGGGAGAACAUCUCUUCUGUCAAGUUUGGAAGAUAUCCCCUCUGCUCCUCUUCUGAUUCGAAGCCUGAGCUAUUACCAGUCCCAAAUACCGGAGUGUGGACAGGACUGGAAGCAAAUGGAUCCUACCAGCAGCAGCUGUAUGCAGAGCCCACAGCCUCCUGCCCUGCUCUGGGGGUGUCUGCGCAGCACUCACGGGGAUGUCACCACGGCUGCAGGGCUGAGCCACUGCACACCAUCACCCUUCUCCUUCCACCAAAAACCAGAUUUCUCUGCUUACUCCGAUUUUUCAGCCUCCUGCCUGGUGCCGACUCGCCGCAGCUUCCCUCCUGAGGAGCAGGCGUUUGUGGAGCAGCAGCAGUCCUCUGCCCAGCACUCUGACUGGCAUUUGCUGGCAACUGAGGCCAGAAGACAACUAAAUCCAGGACUGGCCUUGGAUUCUGGGGAGUCAGAAGGCAGCAGCCUAAGCCUAGUCAGGGCAGCAGCAGAUACAAAUGAAGAUGAUGAGGAGCCAGUAAAUACUACAAAUGAGAGCGAGAAAAAGCCAUCCAAAAGGAAAAAGGAGAACUCAGAAAGCCACAACUCAAGCAGCAAAGCAGAACCAAGCAGCAAAUCACGGAAGGAAAGGACAGCGUUCACCAAGGAGCAGCUACGGGAGCUGGAAGCUGAAUUUGCCCAUCAUAACUACCUGACAAGGCUCAGGAGAUACGAGAUAGCUGUGAACCUGGAUCUCACUGAGAGACAAGUCAAAGUAUGGUUUCAAAACAGAAGGAUGAAGUGGAAACGUGUUAAAGGCGGACAAUCAGUAUCCCCACACGACCACGACACAGAAGAUGUGGACUCUGCUGCCUCCCCCAGCUCCGACUAGUCCUUGCAGCAAUGGGAGACAAGGAUGAAGAAAGGAAUCGAUUAGACGAUGGAUGCAACACUGCUCCAGGUCAACUACACCUAGAUCCAGCUUGUGAAACCCACAGUCCUGACUCUUGAAAAGAUGUAUGAUGCUUUAGAUUACAGAGGCAAUUAAAGAGCAC